GAGAGAGAGAGCGCUCAUCGACGAGGAAGAAGGCGAAGAAGAAGAAGAAAUUAAAAAUGAGGUUUUUUGGUGGCGAAGUGAACUCAAUUCGGGUUUUGUUAAAAUGGAGUUUGAUUGUGUGUUGUCUGAUCCGAGGUUGUGUCUCCAUUCCUUUUGUCGUUGUACAUGGAAUUGGAGAUGAAUGUUCGAGCAACAAAGUAGACGGAUUUACACAAGAACUCAAGAAUUUGUCCAAAUCUGAAGGUUUUUGCUUAGAAAUUGGAAAUGGAUUUAUGGAUUCUUGGUUUAAGCCUUUACAAGAACAGGUGGAAAUUGCAUGUACUAAGGUGAAGCAGAUAAAAGAACUACAAGAUGGUUAUAAUAUUGUCGGCCUCUCACAAGGAAACUUGAUAGGGCGAGGUGUUGUGGAAUUCUGUGAAGGAGGACCACCAGUUAGAAAUUUUGUAUCUUUGGGAGGACCCCAUGCUGGUAUUGCUUCACUUCCUCUUUGUGGGAGUGGUGCAUUUUGUGCCAUUGUAGACAAGUUAAUCAAAUCCGGGACAUACUCUAAAUAUGCCCAAGCUCACUUGGCUCCUAGUGGUUAUGUAAAACUUCCAAAUAACAUUGGCGGCUACUUGAGCAACUGUGAAUUUCUCCCUAUACUUAACAAUGAAGUCCCUCAUAAGAAAAAUGUCAUUUACAAACGACGUUUCUCUAACUUACAGAAUCUCGUUCUUAUCAUGUUUGAAGAUGACAUUGUAUUGGUUCCGAAGGAGACCUCUUGGUUUGGAUUUUAUCCGGAUGACAAGUUUGGUCCGAUUUUGCCACCAAAUCAGACGAGGCUUUAUACGGAGGAUUGGAUUGGUCUAAAAACGUUGGAUGACGAACGAAAAGUGAAAUACAUUAGAGUGUCUGGAAAACAUAUAGAAAUAUCUACCGACGACAUGAUCAAGUACGUAGUUCCUUACGUGGUGUGAAGGAUUAUAGCAAUUCAUUCCAAAGGCUUCCAUCUCCUCCACCAUAGUAAUCCGUUGAGCCUUCAAAGGCUCCAAAGUUUUUGUUUAUACUAUUUUGUUUCACUUAUGUAUAAUUCUCGAUUUCAUUGAUUUACAAUGGAAUAUAAAUACGCUAGUAGAAAAUAUCGAUCAAAUUUGUCAAAACAAUCAAUAAUCCCCAUCUAAGUUCAUUUGUUCGAACAUCGGCGUUUUUGUGUUCGUAGUA